GUCACACUUUGCGUUACGCUGUUUCUAUCUCGCCCGUUCUGCCUUCGCUGCCGUAUAACACCAUCACGCUCGCACGACCGCACGACGAAUACCCCUACCAUCGUGAGCACGACCAACGCUGCAGGGGUGCUCAACCGUUUCCUCGCUUUCCGAACUCGACCGAGCAGUGCGCACACUAUCGACUCGCCCUUGCGAGCCCCUGCCAGCGCAUGCGCGUACGAGCGAGCGAGCGAGCGAGCGAACGAUCGAGUUGGCUACGCGAUAUGAUAUAUUUUUUGACAAAACGAAUAUCGUUUAUUAAUACGGUUAUAGGUUUCGUACCCGCGUUUCGAGUGCGAUUUACACUUUUUUAAGUUGAUUUCCAGUGUUUUUAGUUUAGUUUGAGUAUUAGGUUAAUUUCUUUAGGUGCGCAUGGUGAAGUAUAGUGUAGUGUAGUUUAGAAAAGUGUUGUGUAUUGUAGUGUAGUUUAGUGCGCAGGGCAGUGUAGAUUUAGUGUAAGGAGAUUAUUUUCGUAACGUACGUUUCGUGUACGUUUUGUGGUUCAAUUUGUUGUUCCUGCGUGGAACGUGUGUUCCUGUGUUCCUGUGUUCCUGUGUUUCUGUGUUCCGGCGUUUUCUUGCAAUUCUGUUUUUGCUACGAUAUGGAGCAUAAUGAGGAAAGUGUGGGCAACGGUUGCCCUAUGAUUGACAUCAUGUCAGCCCCAGUUACAGAACCCUAUCCACAAACCAUGCAGCCCUCCGUAAGUGAUAUAGUCUCACAGAAUCUCACUCCACCGGAAGAAACUCCGAACGAAAAGAAAGCAAGGCUUCAAAGGAAGCGACAGGCGUUGUACAGGGCCAAGAAGCGCCUCCCGGGUGCAGCUCCUACGCUGGCAGCUGUACAGGACGACCAACAGGCUGUACCUUCAACUUUGGCCGGGUCAUCCUUAUCAGCAGCUUCUGCAAUCCUGCAACAACAACAACGAAGGAAUACAGACGAUGAAUUGCUCAAUGAAAUCGCUGGACAAUACUCCACCCCACCGGAUGAAACACCACCCGAGAAGAAGGCAAGGCUCGCCAGAAAGCGACAAGCGCUGUACAGGGCCAAGAAGCGCCUCGCGGGAGCAGCUCCUACGGUGGCAGCUGUACAGGACGACCAACAGGCUGUACCGUCUACUUCGGCCGGGACAUCCUUAUCAGGAGCUCCAGCAAUCUUGCAACAACAACAACUACGAAGGAAUAUUGACGAUGAUUUGCUCAAUGAAAUCGCUGGACGGUACUCCACCCCACCGGAUGAAACACCACCCGAGAAGAAGGCAAGGCUCGCCAGAAAGCGACAGGCACUGUACAAUGCCAGGAAGCGCAUGGUGGAAACUCCGAAUGUCGCAACUGUGGUCAACCGCGCCCCAGCACCAGCAUCAGCACCAGUACCAGCACCAGCACCAGCACCAACACCAGCAUUGGUAGACCCAACUGCAGCAGUUGCUAUCCGAGUGCCAAUACAUCAGCAGCUACAAACAUACGUGCGCCAUCUUCGCGACCAUGAAGCAGAUCAGCAGCGACAAUUCAUAGCCCGGCGUCGUAUGACCGGCCAUCUGAGAGUAGCACAUGGGAACCAUGAGUCGUACAGUUGUCCCUCGCUUCAUACGCUUGCACCACGCGUGCCUUGCAAUUUCUGUUCCGCUCUCAAGUGGCCUGGAGAGCCGCCCAGUGUGUGCUGCAACAGUGGACAAGUUGUGCUUCCACCGUUUCCCGAACCGCCAGCAGAGUUGCGCCAACUAUUUGACGUGCCGCAAUUUCUGCUCAACAUCCGGCGAUACAAUAAUGCGUUUACCUUCACCUCUAUCGGUGCCUCAAUACGAGGAAAUGACCCAGUACGCCAGGAUCUACGAGUCGGUCACGGUGGAAUUUACAACUAUCGCAUACAAGGACGUCCACCAUGCUACGCACAGCUGUACUUUUAUGAUUCAAGCUCGGAGGGUCAGUACGACGAAAUGCUGAACGCUCGCGUAUACCAGGCAUCGAUCAACGGCGUUACAAUGCACCGACUGCAGAUGAAGAUACUUGCAGCCUGUGUUUGA